ACUUAAUGGCACAUUUAGGAGCUUAGAACUGUUCAUUCCAGCUCAAGUCAAAAUUAAACUAUAACACAUUUUCAUUUUACACUAUAUGGACAGCAUGAUAUACAAUUACAUAUACAUAUACAUAAAUAAUCAAUUGGCUGAAAGGCGGUCGACAUGCUACUUUCAUAGAACAAUAAACAGGGCGCUGCAAAGUGACCGAAAAGUACAGCCUUUGAACCGCAAAUGCUGACAAACUGUCAAUGAAAUGUGUACUUACCACAUAGAGUAAAUUAAGUGCGCAAAGUGAAGUUUUGGUGCAAAGGAAUCCUCCACAAACCAUCUCUGCGAGGCAACCGUCCGUCACACAAUGGACACUUGUUCACCCGUUGAACCUGGUCAGGUGAGUAGACACACUCUUCCGGUUUGAGGUGGCACGCGACACAGUUUCCUGUCAUUUAAAAAAUAUAUUUUUGUUAAGCAAUCACUCGUGAUUGUUUUAAGUCGGUUUUUAUUUCGCGUCUGUGUCUUCGAUUUCCUUGUUUCAUUUCGCUAGAGACUGUUGUCGUUGUAAUGUUUCGUAACAGCGCCCUCGUCCGGCUGUAAAGAAGUAACGCACAGCUCGCGACGUGUUGCACGUGUGGAUUUAGCACUUCCGGGUACUAGUCACGACAAAGAAAUGUUAUUAAAAUUGGACGAUUCGGAUAUUUUAUUCAACUUUUUAGUAGUGUAGCAAAAGGAAUAUUGUGUACUUCUGAGUAUGGACUAUAUUGGGCAGUAACGUAUUACCAAUUUGGGGAUUUUGUCGCGAGAUCUGUUUUACGAAACGCAAAUGUUUCUUAAUCUUCAACAAUCUUCAAGGAGGCUGCCAGAAACAUCAAAUCAAACAUUCACCACGCACUUGUUUUGCAUCACAUCCUCAAAAAGAAGAAGUGUUUUUGUGUCACUCGCACCUUGGUUUCAUUCUUGGCCAAGAAGCAGCGGUGAGACGUUUGGGCGGCUGGGAUGAAGUGAAGCAUUUUUUGGAUGAUGGCAGAAGAAGAGCUGAAUUAUGUGACGGUCAAGUUCAAGUCUCACAACGAUGCGGUCAUCUAUGAAGACGUGUGGAGCAGCCAUGAGCCACCGGCACCACAUCACAUCAUACAAGAGAAGCCCGGUGAUGUGGAGGAGAUCUACGACGACGUGAGGACAAAGGAGAAGGAGUCCGAUCCACGGCACAUCUUCCAAGACAACGUGGAGAAGGUUGCUCUUCACUCACCUCUAAACCUGGCGGCAGCGGGCCUGGGCAUCGUCUGCAUCAUCCUGGUGUCCGUCAUCGUCGCCCUCACCCUCCAUCUGCAAGGUGUCAUGUCGGCACAGCAGCAAGAGAACGCCAACCUGACGGCUGAGAACCAGCAGCUAUUGGCCCAGGUGGCGCAGCUGCAGGGGAGGGCCCAGGAACUGAGCAGAGAGCGAGACAGCCUCAACUGGACCAUGGGAGUCAUCCUGGAGUACGAUGUUUUUCCUGUCAUAGGGCACUGCUCCAAUAAAGUUUUAGCGCUGUGUAAACCAUGCAUGGAAGGAUGGCAGCUGUUCCACUCCAAGUGCUACCUCUUCAUCCACUCAGAUUAUUACUAUGAGUGGAAGAACUGGCAGGGAAGUGUGGACGAAUGCAGGCAAAGAAACGCAGAGCUGCUGGUGAUUAACUCCCAAGAAGAACAGGAGUUCGUCACAAACCACACGAGGAAAUACAACGACGACCGGCACGGUUACUGGAUGGGCUUGAGCAAGAACGAUAAGACCUACCAAUGGGUGUGGCUCCACGGCGAGAACCUCACUGUGACGUUCUGGAGAAGCCAAGUAUUCAGCAGCAGAGCCAACUGUGCUUUGAGUCAGCCGUCAGACUCGCUGAUGAACUGGAGCAAAGAGAGCUGUGAGAUGAGGAACCGAUUUAUUUGCCAAACCGACGCCUUGUUCAAACGAGAUUAGGGAUAAAUGCACGUGACCGCUCCACCAAGAUGGCAGUAUUGGCAAUGUGAUGCUAGUUCAGGGGUGGGCAAACUUUUUGACUCGCGGGCCGCAUUGA